GGGAACAACGGCCUGGCAAAACAAGGCUGCUGUAAAUAAACACACAAAUCAGCCGAGCCGAUCAACAUGGAGGAUCAGUGCACGGUGCAGGUGAAGCUGGAGCUGGGUCACCGCGCUCAGCUCAGGAAGAAGGCCACGUCCGAGGGGUUCACCCACGACUGGAUGGUGUUCGUGCGCGGACCGGAGAACAGCGACAUCCAGCACUUCGUGGAUAAGGUCAUCUUCCGCCUCCACGAGAGCUUCCCCAAACCCAAGAGAGUGUGUAAGGAGCCGCCGUAUAAGGUGGAGGAGUCGGGCUACGCUGGAUUUCUGAUGCCCAUCGAGGUUUACUUCAAAAACAAGGAGGAGCCGAAGAAAGUUCUCUUUAACUACGACCUCUUCCUGAACCUGGAGGGGAACCCGCCCGUCAAUCACCUGCGCUGUGAGAAGCUCACCUUCAACAACCCCACCCGCGACUUCCGCAAGAAACUGGUCAAGGCUGGAGGGAUCAUCGUGGUCCCUGAGGGGGCGGAGCUGGUGUCCAGGCAGAGUCCAGACUACCCCAUCCUUCCCACCAUCCCCAUGUCGGCCUUCUCCGACCCAAAGAAGAGCAAAAGCUCCCAGGGGCCCAAGGAGCUCUCUAAAGAGAACAGUGCUGUUCCUAAAGCUGCCAAACCCCACAAACUAGCCAAGGAGCAUCGCGAGCGACCCCGCAAAGACUCCGAGAGCAAGAGCGUGUCCAAGGGAGACCCGGAACGAGAAAGCAACAGUAAAAGCACUCGCGACUCUUCGUCCUUCUCCUCCUCAUCGUCAUCCUCGAAAAAACCUGAGAUCAAAGUAAAAGAGGAGAGCAAAGCUCCCCCUAAAGCUGCUUUUAAGGAGCCCAAGCUGACCGUUAAGGAGCCUAAGAUGGAGGGGACGUCUCCUAAAGGUGGGGGUCCGGGAGGAGGCGGCGGUGGAGGCGGAGGAGGAACCGAGAGCAAAUCGGCCAGCAAACGCCCCUCCAACGCCGACUCGCCCAAAUCCAGCAUCAAGAAGCCCAAAAAGGUGGGAGGAGGGGAGGGGCAGAAGAGUUCCGGGGGCGGGGCCAACCCCGGGACCUCGCCCCGCAUCCCGUCCUCCACCUCCACCUCCUCCUCCCUGACUCCGGGGGCGGUAUCCGGGGACAAGAAGAGCUCGAAAGACAGGGCGCGCUGGAGCAAAGUCAAACCCGAGACCCCCGAGGUGAAAGAGCAGAAGAAGCCGGCCGAGUCGGACGAGUCGAACUCUGACGACGAGCUUUCGUCCAAGUCUGAGGUCAGAGCGAGAUCAGCGCUGCAGAUGCCCUCGGCUCCCUCCAGCCCCUCGAAUUCCAGCUCCAGUUCGGACUCCAGUUCAGAUUCAGACUUCGAGCCCCAGCAGAAACAAGGCCAAGGGCCGCUGCGCUCCAUGGUGGAGGACAUGCAGUCCGAGGAGUCCGACGAGGACGACAGCAGCUCGGACGACGAGACGCCGGUCAAGAACAACCCGCCCAACCGGGACUCCAGGCUGAGCUUGGACAGCGAGAGUGACAGCAGCGACGGGCCCCAGCGACCCAGUCGGGACCCUCCUCCCCCGCCCCAGAAACACGUCACCUCCAAUAACAAGGUGGUGGGGAGGAAAAGUCCAGACCCGUGUAUCAGACAGGAGAAGUCGAUGAAGAAGGGCUACGACAAGGUAGGAAGGGCGUACACAGAGGAGCUGGUGGAUCUACAUCGCAGACUGAUGGCACUGAGAGAGCGGAACGUCCUUCAACAGAUCGUGAACCUGAUCGAGGAGACGGGCCACUUUAACGUCACCAACACCACCUUCGACUUCGACCUGUUCUCCCUGGACGAGUCCACCGUGCGCAAACUGCAGAGCUACCUGGAGGCCACGGCCACGUGACAGGAGAGGGGCGGCUCAGGGGGCCGAGCUCGCCCUCAUUCUUCCAUUCGGGCUUGAGGGUCGGCUGGAGGGAAAAGCGACUGACGGCGGGACGGAGACUGAGGACGUGUGGGAUUAAAUCACACGCCGGCGUCGGUGUGGACGCACAGACUGAAGGGAGCGUGGAAUUGUGGGAGAGGAGCACGGUGUCGUUUACACACCGCUAAGGCCUCCUGUGUGUGUGUGUGUGUGUGUGUGUGUGUGUGUGCCACCUCACGUCUUUCCUCGCUUCUCAGCCUUCAGUCGUCUUUGAAGUAGCCGCGCCCGGACCGGGGCGCCCCGCCCUCCUCCCUUAGCAUUUUUUUAUAUUUUAUUUUUGUACAGAAGUAUUUUUGACAGACGGAGGCGUGAAGGCGUGAGGGGUCGAACCAUCCGUCAAGGGCUCGCGCUUAGUGCCUUUAGCGACCAGCCGACUGCGCCGCGUCACCCUCAGCGAUGCCGUCGUCCCUGCUAACACCCAGUCAACUAGCGUCUUUGCGUCUUCGUUCCCGUCGUGUUUCGCCAGCGAGUAUUAACGAGUAAUGGUUAAUGGUUAAUGAGCGCGUUUGCCAAGUCGAGCCUUUUAAAUCCUGCAGAUGUUGUACAGAUGUAGUGCAGCGUGUGCUGGGGAUCAUCUUUUAUUAUUUUAUUGUUUUAUUUUUAUUAUAUUUGAUUAAACCUCAGAUUUAAAGUAAAAACAGUUAGCGGGUGUGAUGUUUACCGCUACAGUACAGACGUCCACAGAGGCCACGUGUUCUUUUCUCUCCUGUUAAUACGAAGCAUCAUGCCAAUCACGUCGAAUCCCAGUUCGAUUGCUCAGCAGCGUAGCUUUGAACUGAUUAAGAUGAUCCAUUAUGAUCUGUUAUGCUAUCAGCCAGACGGGCGUCUGCACAGACAUGAUUGGUUGUGGCUGACGGUGGGUAGGGAUGUUCGAAGCCCUGCGAGCCUGCCAUUGCAUUCGAAGCCUGAUCGCUCGGUGUUAAUAAAUAAAUAUAUAAAUAAUAGAUUUUC